AUGAAAUUCUCACUUUUAUACUCCAUCCUUUUAUACAACCCAAACACCCCAACCAGCGUCGACGCAUUUAAACUCACCAAUAAGGCCAUAAGAGCAUACGUUCAAAUACUCGAGGAAGAUGCUCGGCAUACAGAUUUACUAAGGGAAGUGUUAGCAGGACCUUUAUGCAGUCUCAUGUCACAUCCAGUUCAAUCAAUAAUUCCUUUAUGUGACAAAACCCAACAAUUGGAGGGACCCAAUGAAUAUGAAUUCACGACCAAAACCCGAAAAGAAUUAAGCAAGCAAAAGAACGCUCUACAGGUAGCUGCGAUGAUGAACAAAUACGUGAAUAAAAUUGAUAUUCAUACCGUCCAAUGCGGUAGUGGAAGAUGUACGGAUGUGGUUGAAGGCAUAAAUGUUGCACCCUCCCCUUUCAGUGAUGUCGUUUUCUUCAAAACGAUGCGAUCUGCUAGCAAAACGAGACUCUACAAAAAGUUCAAGAGACAAGAUGGGUCAUUCAUCACCUUCACCCUUCCAGAAGCGAACAUGGCCAAGGGACACUGGACCUGGGUCAGAAAUCCUGCAGAUGGAUCUUUAACCACCCUGGGUGCGCUUUCUCCAGAAAUGAUGGAAUUGCCCGAACUAGUAAACGAACAAGUAGAUGAGUCGGCAGAGGUGCCGGAGCUAGAAUUUGUAGACGAAUGA